GGGGUGCAGUCAGUUCAAUGUGACCAGCUAUUCAGAUUUCAGCAGAAACCUAAAUGCAACAUUAACAGAACUCAGAGGGCAGUUAGAGAACAACAUGCUCUUUGCAGUAGCUCAAGACGCUACGGGUUCGAACCCACUCUAUGCCAUGGUGCAGUGUAGGAAUUACAUGUCUAAAAAGGACUGUCUCUCCUGCUUCACUACUGCUUCAUCACAAAUCCGCAACUGCUCCACCGCCAAUGGUGCUCGUGUCAUCUAUGAUGGCUGCUUCCUCAGGUACGAAAGCAACAUGUUCUAUCAACAGAGCACACAAAUUGGACAUGUUGGGAUUUGUGGGAACCGCACUGCAUCACAGCAGACUGUUUUUGAAACCACAGUCGAGAGCCUAUUAGGAGAUCUUGUGGAGGCGACGCCUAGGAUCGACUCGUUUUUUGGUGCAACUAAGAAGGAAGUGGUUGGUGUCAAUGGUAAUGUAACAGUGUAUGCCGUGGCACAAUGUGUCGAAACAAUCGACAAGCGUGGCUGCAAAGAAUGUUUGCAGGUGGCUUAUGCCAAUAUCCAAAGAUGUCCACCUGACUCAGACGGUAGGGCAGUAGAUACAGGAUGUUUCUUAAGGUACUCAGACUUGCCCUUCUUUGGUGCUAACAACACCAUUGAUAUUACGCCCUUCUUGAAAAGCAGAGAUUCAACUAAAAAGAAAGCUAUUAUUGGAGGGCUGGUUGGAGGUGGAGGCCUCUUGUUGCUUCUAACUAUAUUUUUCGUUUGGAUCAAGACAUCAAGAAAGAAGAAGGCGGUCCCUCAAGGAGACAUAGAGGGGCCACCUGAACUGCAAGGCCCAUUGAGCUACACUUAUAAAGAACUGAAUUUUGCAACAACAAACUUUAGUGAAGAAAAUAAAUUAGGAGAAGGAGGCUUCGGAGAAGUAUACAAGGGUAUCUUGAAGAAUGGGAGAGUAGUAGCUGUAAAGAAACUUGCUAUAAGCAAAUCCGAAAGGGUGAAGACUGAAUUUGAUACUGAAGUGAAGCUUAUAAGUAAUGUUCAUCAUCGGAACCUGGUUCGCCUCAUUGGAUGCUGUAGUAAAGGCCCAGAGCUUCUCCUUGUCUACCAGUACAUGGCAAAUGGCAGCCUUGAUAAGCACUUAUUUGGUGAAGGGCAUGGUUCUCUGAAUUGGAAACAGAGAUUUGAUAUAAUCCUGGGCACAGCCAAGGGACUUGCUUAUUUGCAUGAGGAGUUCCAUGCAUGCAUCAUACAUCGGGACAUAAAACCUGGCAACAUACUUUUGGAUAGAGAUUUUCAGCCCAAAAUAGCAGAUUUUGGAUUGGUCAGGCUGUUACCUGAGGAUCAAACUCAUCUUAGCACCAAAUUUGCUGGAACUUUUGGAUAUACAGCACCAGAGUAUGCAAUCCAUGGGCAAUUAUCAGAAAAGGUUGAUACCUAUAGUUUCGGUGUGGUUGUCCUCGAAAUCAUUAGCGGCCAAAAGAACACUGACACCUCCCUUGAUCCCACUGCCGAAUUCCUUCUCAAACGGGCAUGGAGACUAUACCAAGAUGACAUGGCCAUGGAGAUAGUAGACAGAAGCUUGGACCCAACUGGAUAUAACUUGGAAGAUAUGAAAAGAAUCAUCCAAAUUGCCUUCCUAUGCACUCAAUCAUCGGCUGCUUUAAGGCCUACGAUGUCUGAAGUGGUUGCUAUGCUUAAAACAAUGAGUUCCUUAGAGCCAAGACAGCCCACUAGACCUGCCUUCAUUGAUUCGGAAAGGAGGAUUGUUCCUGAAGAUAGAUCCACUUCUACUGCCUCAUCUAAUGCAACUAAUUCUAUCUCACAGGUCUCAGGUCGUUGA